AUGGCCGCCAUUCACGCCUCGACAGCAGCUCGCCUUGUGACGUCGUCACCGUCGGUGAUCGUCGCAUCGAGUAGUCGCUCAGAAAGCAUCUCAUUGUCCUGUUCAGCGUUCUUUUCUGGCUCCUCUCGUUCCUUGGUUCUCUACGCCGAGAACCACGGACCCCUCUCCUCUGCCCUUCCAGCGCUCACCUCCUCACAGCCCGCCUCGUUCGGGUUGGCGUCUUGCAACGCUCGCCGCUUGACCGUUUCAGCGCAAGCUGCGGGCUCAGGUGCAGCAAAAGUUGGCCCAGUGGCAGUGGUCGGAGGCACUGGAUUUGUUGGCUCUGCACUCGUUAAAGCUCUCCUCGCAGAGGGCGAGCAGGUGAAGGUGCUCACACGCUCCGUGGAUAGGGCCAAGGAGGUCUUUGCAGGCACGGAGGGAGUGGAGCUGGUGGGGCCGGAGGGCUGGGCAGCAGCCGUGGCAGGCAGUGGGUCGGUGGUAAAUCUGGCUGGCACACCCAUCAGCACCCGGUGGAGCCCAGCGAUCAAGGCUGAGAUUAUAUCCAGCCGAGUGGACACGACGAGUAAGAUCGUAGAGGCGAUCAACUCGCUUCCAAAGGACAAGCGCCCCUCUGUUUUGGUCAACACAUCUGCUGUUGGCUUCUAUGGGACGAGUGAGACGGCUACCUUUGAUGAGAGCAGCCCGGCUGGCAAUGAUUUCCUGGCAGAGGUGUGCACCAAGUGGGAGGCAGAGGCGCAAAAGGUCUCGCCCGAGUCAACCCGCCUCGCAAUAAUCCGCUUCGGUGUGGUGCUGGAUAAGGGCGGGGGAGCGCUGGGCAAGAUGCUGCCCAUCUUCCAGCUGUUCGCUGGCGGGCCCCUUGGGACAGGGCAGCAAUGGAUGUCGUGGGUGCAUAGGGACGAUCUCGUCGCACUCAUCAUUGAAACGCUGCGCAACAAGGAGUUCAAAGGGGUGCUGAACGGUACUGCGCCCAGCCCCGCCCGCAUGGCGCAGUUCUGUGAGGCGCUGGGCUCGGCCAUCGGCCGGCCCUCAUGGCUUCCCGUGCCCAACUUCGCUGUGCAGACUCUUUUAGGAGAAGGCGCGAUGGUGGUUCUGGACGGGCAGCGGGUGCUGCCCAAGCGUACAGAGAGCCUUGGGUUCCGCUUCAAAUACAGGAACAUCCAAAAUGCCCUCGCUGCUAUCUUCUCUUCCAGCUGA